AUGGGCGACUCCCACUUUCUCCAUCUGGCCCGUCCUUUGGCCCCGGCCGCUGUAUCGACGCAGACGCCUUCGACCGCGCCAGUCACCGUCAAUAUCCAACCCCAGGCGCUCUUCUCGAUCCUCGAUCACGCAUCUCGCCGCCCAGCAGAACAAGAACGCGUCAUCGGAACUCUUCUUGGAACACGCAGCGAAGAUGGCAGUGAAGUUGAGAUCAAGAAUUGCUAUGCAGUUCCCCACACUGAGACUGCAGAGCAAGUCGAAGUGGAUAUGGACUACCAAAAGCGCAUGCUCGAGCUGCACCUGAAAGCUGCCCCUAAGGAAGUCUUGAUCGGCUGGUAUGCGACGAGCAACGAGCUCAACACCUUCUCUGCCCUUAUUCAGAACUUCUACUCGCAGCAGGGCGAGGGCACCUUCCCUCAUCCAGCUGUGCAUCUCACGGUCUCCACGGUUGCUGGUCAAGAUGUCAAGGCGGACACAUACAUCAGUGCACCCAUCGGUGUCACGGCGGAACGUGCGGCGGACUCUUGUUUGUUCAUUCCGGUCCCCCACGAGAUCAAGUACGGAGAGGCAGAGAAGAGUGGAUUGGAGUUGAUUGCAGGCGCACGGGAUCGAGAUGACAGAUCACAACUACUACAAACGGAUAUCGAGACUCUGGAGAGGGCGAUUGAGCAGGUGCUCGAGAUGCUGGAGAGAGUGAGCAAUUACGUGUCCAACGUCCUGGACGAGGAGGCAGAGCCAAGCUCGGCUUUGGGACAAUUCUUGAUGAACACCCUUUCUCUUGCGCCCAAGGUCGAGCCAGAGCAGAUCGAGAAGGACUUGUAUGUUUCAGCAGUACCCGAAUACGUCAAAUUUCUUACUGACUCGUGUUCCCAGCAACAACCACAUCCAAGACGUUCUCCUGAUCUCCUACCUCGCCAACACCAUCCGCACUCAAAUCGAUCUCUCCAACCGGCUCGCAACCGCCGCUAUCACCAUGGGAGGCGAGACCGGCUCAUCAGAAAACAAAGGUGGCCAAAAGGGCGACCGUCAAAACCAGCGAUCAGGAGCUGGCCAGGGAGGCCGGCGCGGCGAACAGUAA